AUGUCUAAUCAAUUGAUAAUACAACCUGAUGUUCUACCAACUAAUCAAGUAUUACAAGAACAUUUAAAUUCAUCCGUAUUUUUAACAAAUAAUGUAUGGAAAAUAGCGUUCUCACCAUGUUCAGAAUAUUUAGCUAUACCAAAACAAGAUAUCUAUGGUCAAUAUUGUGUACUUAUUAUGCGUUGUUCAGAUUGGAAUGCAACGAAUAUUACAGACACUGACUUAUGUUUACAUAAUCGUUUUACUUGUACAUCAGCAAUAUGGUCAUUAGCAUUUGGUGAAGGAAAAUUAAGUUCGAAUUCAAUAAUAAAAUCAAAUUUUUAUGAAACAAAUUCUCCAUCAACACCAAAACCACGACGUGAAUUACUUGAACGACGUCGUUCAAGUUUAUCCGUAGUUAAUCGUCGAUAUGAUUUUACAAAUAAUAUAUUUUUAGCUGCUGGUCUUGCUGAUGGAAGAAUCAAUGUUUGGAAUAUUAAUACGGGAGAAUUAACAUUAAUUUUAAAAGAUCAUCGAUCGACUGUUUGUGGAUUAGAUUUUACAUCAUCGACAAUGCAAUUAGCAUCAUGUUCACAUGAUACAAAAAUUAAAUUAUGGGAUCUACUUGAUGAUGGUAACAUGUAUAAAACAUUAAAUGAAUGGACUCAUGUCAUCAAUGCUGUAAAAUGGUCACCAGAUGAAACACUUUUAUGUGCCGUAGGUCCAUAUGAAUUAGUUGUUUUAUAUGAUACAACAACAUGGCAAGAAUUAUUUAAAUUAGAAGGACAUUUAAAUAGUGUUGCUGAUUGUGUUUUUUCAUCCGAUAGUGCUUUAUUAGCAACAGCUUCUUAUGAUACACGUGUUAUAUUAUGGUCAACUAUCACCGGAGAAAUUAUUAAGUCAUUUGCACAUAAAAUUCCAAUUCCAUUGAAAAUUUAUGCUGGUGGUGAUAAUGGAGCAUUUGUUCGAUCUGUUGUUAUGACAAAAUAUAAUCAUGUAUUGGUUACUGCAUGUGAUGACAAUAAAGUACGUUGGUUUCCUUUGGUAUCAAGUCAAUCAUCAAAAGUCAUACAUGAACGAACAGAAACAAAUGUUCUUUGUGUUGCAAUAACAUCUGAUAGUAAAACUAUGGCUGUUAGUAAUCGUAAUGGUGAAGUACAUCUGUUAUCAGCACUUUCAACAUUAUCAACAAGUCAACCAUCAUCAUUAAAAUAUUUCUGUCGUUUAUUAAUUAAUAGUAGUUGUGGAAUGAAUAGAAAAGAAAUUUUAAAUUUAUCUAUACCACAACAUUUAAUUAGUUAUCUUCUUUAUCGAGAUAUUAAAAUGAAAUGA